ACAUGCCAUGUGGGAAAUAUAUGUUGCUGCAAUGCAAGCAUUUCUAGCUAAAGAACAGCAUAUUUUGGACAAAUUGACAUGACAGUAAUAGCUUUCUAUGAUUUCUUUUUUAUUAGGUUGCCAGUUAUGAUAUACUGUGAUUAAUUUUGUUUUACCUAUCUUGCUCAUAGCCCUUCGAAAGUUACACGGUUUGUUUACAAGUACAGCAUUAGUAAAGAUGAGUCUCCUUCCUCGCACUGCCGAGGAGUUCAGCUCAGCUGAAUACUGGGAACGCUUCUUCAAGAAGAGAGGAGAGAAGGCUUUUGAGUGGUAUGGAGACUACAACAAACUCUGUGGCGUUCUGCACAAAUACAUCAAACCUCGGGAUAAGGUCUUGGUGGUGGGCUGCGGUAACUCUGAACUGAGCGAGCAGCUGUUUGACGUUGGCUACAGAAAUCUGACCAACAUUGACAUCAGUGAGACAGUGAUAAAUCACAUGAACCAGAAGAAUGCCAAGCAGCGCCCAGAUCUGACCUUUCAGACAGUGGAUGCCACACAGAUGCCCUACGAGGACGGAAGCUUCCAGGCUGCGCUAGACAAGGGUACACUGGAUGCUAUGGCUUCCCAGGAGGAGGGAGCUCUAGCUGGGAGGAUGCUGAUGGAGGUGGGUCGUGUGCUGGGUGUUGGAGGCCGCUACGUGUGUGUAACCCUGGCCCAGGAGAGUGUCAUCAAGCUGGCUGUGGAGCACUUUGUCCAGGUGGGCUGGGCUGUGCGACUGCAUUGUUUGGGUGACCCAGAAAGCCACGAGGACUCGUCCUUUGCCCUGCCCGUCUUCGUGCUGGUCUGCACAAAGUUCCGCCAGCCAAUGCCCAUGCCAAUACUGGAGAUGUGCCAAGGGGAGGACGGGUCCCCCAUGAGGCUGCCUGGGGUGGCAGAUCUUCUGUCUGUGGUGAGGGAGCGCCAGGCAUAUGCCAUGCUUAGGCAGAGGCUCCGUACGGCAACGGAUGUCAGCAGCACCCCCUCCCUGACCCUCUGCCACGCCAACACUGGGCAGCCCCGCUACACCCUUACUGUACAGGACUGUGCCCCUGGUGCCAAGGUGCCCCGUGCCAACCACUUUGCCAUUUUCAUAGUUCCUCAAGCUCGAGAGUCUGAUUGGCUGUACGGCACGGCUGAGGGGCGUGGCCAACUGGCAGCUAGUGCCAACUUCAGGCGGCUGAUUGUUGUGGCAAUGCACAGGGACCAGGAGUAUACGGACAUGCAGGCUGUCCAAUCAGAGCUCUCCCAAAUGGUAAUGGAACUUUCUCCUCCAGGGAUGCCAGCCAAUCAACAGAUUCCCUUCCUCUCAGUGGGAGGAGAGCUAGGCUGGAGGGAGGUGGUGAGCCGGGGAACCAGUGACCUGAGCGGUCAGUAUUCUGUAGAAGAUGUGAGAGGCGAGGACGGUCAGCUAUACCGACGACUGGUGUUCCUGGGGAACGAAGGGCUGGUCCAGUCAGAGAGUCGCCUUACCAACCCUGCAGUCCCAGCGUCUUCGUCCCAGAGGAAGAAAAAGAGCAGAAGGAAAGCCAAGCCCUCUGUGUCACCCCCCUCCCAGACACCAGGUUGUGUCCUGACAGUGGACAAAGGCUUCCUCUGCUGUGCCCACCACAGAGUCAUGGUAGCUGGCCUUGCCAUGUUAGGUGUGGGCUCUGACUACAAUAAAGGCAUACCAGUGUCUGUGCUCCUGGUUGGGCUGGGUGGGGGAGGGCUGCCCCAGUUUCUGAGGGAUUUUGUGCCUGGAGCCCGAGUGGAGGUGGUGGAGCUGGACCCUGCAGUGCUGAAAGUGGCUCAGGGAUGGUUUGGCUUCACACCCGAUGACAGGCUUAUUGUCACACUGGGGGACGGACUGGAGCACAUCAAGAACUUGGAGAGAGAAGGUGGCCAUCAGUAUGAUGUCAUCAUGUUUGACGUGGACAGUAAGGACCCCAGUUUGGGAAUGAGCUGUCCCCCUCCUGCCUUUGUAGAAACAGCUUUCCUUGAAAGAGUUGGCAAGCUGCUUACACCUCGGGGUGUGUUCAUGUUGAACCUGGUGUGUCGGGACUCGGUGUUGAAGAACAGUGUGUUGAGUCGUGUGCGGGGUGUGUUUCCCCGCGUGCUGUCUAGGGCCAUUGACGGGGAGGUCAAUGAGGUUUUACUGUGCCCCCGACAAGCAGAGGAGAUGGGCCAGAGGGGUGAGGCGGGGCUCCCUCCCACCCUGCUGACAGCAGGGAAGACGCUACAGUCGGCGCUGUGCAUGAACAGCAGUGGAGCAGCCACCUACAGCCCUCAGAUUGACAUUACUGAGCUGCUUGAGGACCUCAGGGUUGCAUGAGCAGAGAGGCGGAGGAUGAGAGAGUGAGGGCCAUGUGAAGUCACUGAGUCUCAAAACAUGUGUUUUGAAAUAAAAUUGUACAGAUGUAGUUAA